AUGGCACCGGGAUCACCUGCGGGAUCGGCUCCGGGAUCUCCCCGGCUGGAGGGGCCGUCCCGGGGUGCCAGUCCUGCCGGGCACCGCCCCGGCAGCGCUGCCGGCCGGCUGGAGGGGCCGUCCCGGGGUGCCAGUCCCGCCGGGCACCGCCCCGGCAGCGCUGCCGGCCGGCUGGAGGGGCCGUCCCGGGGUGCCAGUCCCGCCGGGCACCGCCCCGGCAGCGCUGCCGGCCCGACGCGGCUGCCGCUGGACCGGGCCUUCCCCCGCUCGGCGUGGUGCGCGGUGAAGAUCGCCCGCACGAUGGUGGCGCUGGCCGCCUUCAUACGCUUCCUGACCGCGGGCGAGCAGCUGUUCUACGCGGCGUAUGCCGGCCUGGACACGGUGAUCAUCGUCUUCUUUCUGCUGCUCUACCUGCUGAGGCUCGACGCGCGGAUGCGGUGGCUCCCCUGGCCGCUAGCUGAUAUUUUCAUGUCGGGGACGUCAGUGAUGUUUCUCAUCCCUGUGGGCUUGACUGCAGUAAAAAUCAAGACCAACAAGUGGAUAAUGGAUGGAGGAGUGUUGAGUCUUAUAUUGCUUGCUCUCUGCCUUGUUGACAUAUUUCUUCUUUCGGAGAAGAUUAGCCUUGAGAAAGCAAGAGAAAGGAGUGCUGCCAGUUAAGAUUGAUGUGUUAGUGAAAGAAUGAGUUCUCCAUCCCGUUUCCCCACUGUCUUUUAAAGACAGUAAAGUAUUUUCACAUACUCGAUUUUGAAUUUCCUGUGCACUGAUGUUUCUGCAAGUACCAUUCAUAAGUUUUCAUACUUUCCCAAAUGCAGUUUCAGCGUUGCAAUUUCACCAGUUAAAGCUUCAGAGAGAAUUGUCAUGUUUUUCUAAACUUAAUUGUGUUUUUACCUGUACGAAAAUUAUUUUCAUGGUUGUCGUCUUUCUCUAAUAAAAAAGAAAAUAAAAACGA